AUGAUUGUGUGGAUGUGGGCGAAGUUAGGGUGUGAUGGUAUGAAUUCACAAGUGAGAAAAGCCAUGAAUGUGAACUACUUAUCCUGGAAUUACAAUCAGAUGGGAGUUGUGGCUACUCUGAAGUUGUCUGAGUGGAAAAAUUACGGUUCCAAUAACAUUGUUAAUGAAACUACCAAAGCUUUCGACAACCUCUUGAGGAUGAUGAAUUGUCCAUCAGACACAAUCAGACACGAUGCUGCGCACAGAAUUCACCCAUUGGCGGGCCAGGGUGUGAACUUGGGAUUCGGUGACGUCAUAUGCCUCAAUGAAAUAUUGGGAAAAGCAGCUUAUUCUGGAAGCAAAUUAAAUAACCUGAGUUACCUGAAAGAAUACGAAACGGAAAGGCAAAGGCACAAUGUCCCUACAAUGCUGGCAGUGGAAGGCCUCUACAGGCUGUACAAUACGGAUUUCACCCCUAUCGUACUUCUGAGAAGUUUGGGAUUGCAAGCUACCCACGUUUUGAAUCCCCUCAAGAAAGUUAUCAUUAGUCAAGCAUCUGUUUGAACCGGUGAGUUUAUAAAUAUUUUGUAAUUAAGUCUAAUAGGAUUAACAAAUGUAUCUAUCCACAAUGAAGACUAAGAAGAUCAUUACAUGAUGGUAUUGAAUGUUAAUGAAAAUUCAUCAUAUU